CAAUACUAUAAUGAAUUGAUUGGAAUAUACUCAAUUCAAGACCAUUUUAGCAAAUAAGUCAUCCACGAUCAGAACGUAAAUACUGACGUGACUUCUUGUUGAUAUUUCAGAAAAAAUUAACCUAACGUACUUUAACGAGUAUAAAUGCAUUUUUGUAAAUUGUGGAGUUUGCAAAUUUAUUGUUUCUCAUAUUAUGUAUUCCACAUUUUUUAUCGCAUGAUUUGUUUUACGAACUCAAACAUUUUUUACCACAUUGACGUUUAUUAGUUAGCACAAAACCUUUGUUCAAAAUAUCAACUACUGAAGCGCUUGUAGUCUAUAGGACUGUUUUACAACAAAGGAAACGCGUAGCAUUUAGCUAAGAUAACGACCGUUAUCGAACACAGCAUGUUGUAAUAUUUUUGUCAUUUGUUUUUUUUUGGUGCGCAUAAACAGUUACACACGCACCGCUGUCGAAAAAAAAAUUGGAGAACGGUAAACAAUUCAACAACCACCAGCGAUGGAGUUGAAUUUGCUGGCCGAAUUUGCGGCUUUCGCAUGCAUGAUGACCCUGUCUGUGCUCAUCGGUCUGUACUACGGGUUUGUUGAACGCAAACAGAACACGGUCGACGAUUACCUGUUGGGUGGCAAGCACAUGUCAGUCUUUCCAAUCACAAUGUCGCUGAUCGCCAGUCACGUUUCUGGCGUCACUUUACUUGGCGUCCCGUCCGAAGUUUACGUUUACGGUGCACAGUACUUGAUUAUAGGUGUAAUCAAUAUUUUCAUCAUAAUCAUAGUGAUCUAUAUAUAUUUGCCGGUAUUUUAUGAUCUACAGCUGACAUCCGUGUACGAAUACUUGGAGUUAAGGUUCAACAGCACUAUCCGAAGAAUUUGUUCGCUGAUAUAUGCCAUAUCGUUGAUCUUGUACAUACCGAUAGUGAUUUAUGUACCAGCCCUGGCGUUCAAUCAAAUAAGCAGUCUUGGCGUACACUUUAUAACUCCUAUCAUAUGUAUUGUGUGCAUAUUCUACACAACGAUUGGAGGACUAAAAGCUGUGGUAUGGACAGAUGCACUGCAAAGCUUUUUCACGACGGUUUCGAUGGCCAUUGUGAUUGUUUUAGGUUUCAUCCAAGUCGGUGGUCUUAGCAAAAUGAUAAAGGCCAAUAUCGAAGGAAACCGAUUAGAACUAUUCAAGAUGGACCCAGAUCCGUUUUUGAGAAAUUCUUUUUGGACCAUAAGCGUCGGUUUAUCGAUUAGUUGGAUUACCAGCCAGGCAAUACAUCCCGGAUCAGUCCAGAGAUUCGUGGCGUUACCGUCGUACAACAAGGCCAGGAAGACGUUAAUAUACUUCAUUCUUGGCUUGGGAGUGGUGAAAAUAUUGACGGGUUUAAUCGGAAUACAGAUAUACACAAAAUACAAAGAUUGCGACCCCGUCACGGCCGGCUACAUUAAAGACAAUAAAAAUCUUCUACCAUAUUUUGUGAUGGACGUAGCGUCUAAAAUUCCCGGACUCACUGGUCUCUUCAUUUCUGGAAUAGUCAGCGCGGCUCUAAGUACAAUGUCAGCACAACUCAACACCGUCUCGGGAACGAUUUAUGAAGACUUUAUUGUAAAAAUGAUGGGCUUUGAAAUUACCCAGUCGACAGCCAGCAUUAUUAUGAAAGUUAUCGUGGUUAUCGUCGGGAUAAUAUGCGUAGCUCUUGUGUCAGUCGUUGAAAAACUUGGCGGCAUCCUUCAGGGAGCGCUGUGUGGGAUGGUAGCCAGUUUAGCAGUAACGUCUUGGAUUGUUUACGGUGCUCAAAUUGCAAUAACGAACAAGAAUAUUCAAUUCACUACAAGAGCAGUGUCGGUAUCCGGAUGCCCAGCUAAUAUUACCAUUCACAACAGUACAGAUUAUACAGGGCUGUACCGUAUGAACGAUGAUGUGUACGUGAGUCCGGAUGUACCAAAGAUCUACACGCUGUGUUACAAUCAUUAUAGUACUUUGGGCAUGUUGAUCGGCUUAGCUGUAGGACUGGCGGUCAGUCUAAUCUUCCCGACCGAGCAAGACUACGACCCUAAACUGCUGACUCCUUGCAUACGGAAUUUCGUGUUUACCAAGUACACGGCACAUACCAAAAAACCUGAAGACGGAGAGCCAACAGCCGAAGAGUAUGCACUGGUACAAGAUACUCAAUUGUGAUAUUUUAACGGAGAUAUCAUUACAUUUUUAAAAAUAAUCAUUGUCGAUUGUAUACACUAGUCACUAUAUGAAUGUUGUAAUCAGGAGUGGCUUAAUAAUGUUGAAAUUUGAAAAAAAACUUCAAAUUGUUUUAUAAGGGUUUUCCCAUUUGAAACAAAUGGACUUUUUAUCUUAAUUAAAUUCACACUAUAAAAAAUAA